UCACCUGUACAGAAAUCAAGCAGUUUAGACAACCUUAAAAAGACGCCGGAAAAGGUGAGAAAGCUGGCUUCUCCAGAUUCCGGAAAGUUUGAGACCCUCCCGCCGAGACCCCCUGGACACAGCACUGGAGGGGAAGAAGAGGUCUUUGGCACCCGUAAAGCCAGGUCAUCAUUUGGUCGUGGGUUUUUCAAGCUGAAAAGCAACACCAAAAAAACUGCCAGCACGCCAAAUCUAGCAGAGACAGAAAAGGGGUCUGCGGAUGCCUUGGACUUGGCAGUUUCCUCCCCUCGUUCACCAGAUUCAGGAAGCACCCAUAGCUCUCCAUCUUCACCCGAUUCCAAAAAGAAGCCUCGGGGAAUCAAAAAGCUAUUUGGGAGGCUGAAGAGAAGUCAGUCUACCACUUUAAACCAAGAUGAUGACUUUCCGGAGGAGGAGUUCAAGAGGGGAGGGACCAGGUCCACUGCCGGACCAAGAUUGGGUUGGUCCAGAGAUCUUGGUCAAGCACACAGUGAUUUGGACACGCCAUUUGCCAAGUGGUCGAAGGAACAGGUAUGCACCUGGCUGAGGGACCAAGGGCUAGGAAGCUACGUUAACAGCUGCAAGCAAUGGAUUGUCUCAGGCCAAACACUGCUGCAUGCGUCCCAGCAAGACCUGGAAAAGGAACUGGGUAUUAAACACCCAUUACAUCGGAAGAAGCUCCAGCUGGCUCUGCAGUCCUUGGGAUCUGAAGAUGACAGUAACUAUGGAAAAUUGGACUACAAGUGGGUCACACGGUGGCUGGAUGAUAUAGGGCUCCCUCAGUACAAAACACAGUUUGAUGAGGCAAAGGUCGAUGGACGUAUGCUGCAUUAUAUGACAGUGGAUGAUUUGCUGUCUUUGAAAGUUGUAAGCGUGCUCCACCACCUCAGUAUUAAACGUGCCAUACAGGUUCUGCGGAUCAACAGCUUCGAACCCAACUGCCUCCGCAGGAGACCCUCCGAUGAGAGUAACAUUACUCCCUCAGAGGUGGCCCAGUGGACCAAUCAUCGAGUCAUGGAGUGGCUGCGGUCUGUGGAUUUAGCAGAAUAUGCCCCUAACUUAAGGGGUAGUGGGGUACAUGGCGGUCUUAUGGUGCUCGAGCCUCGGUUUAACGUAGAGACGAUGGCACAGCUGCUGAACAUCCCACCAAACAAGACCCUCCUAAGGCGACAUCUGGCCACCCACUUCAACCUCCUGGUGGGUCAGCCAUCACAGUUGCAGAAACAGGAAGCAUUGUCAGCUCCGGAGUAUGUGCUGUUGACCGCAACAGCCAAGGUCAAGCCAAGGAAACUUGCAUUCAGCAACUUUGGAACUUUGCGGAAAAAGAAACAAGAAGACAAUGAAGAGUAUGUGUGUCCAAUGGAGCUUGGGCAGAAUUCUGCCAACAAUAUUAUCAAACCUUUCCGGGCCGGCCUGGACCUCCGGAUGUUGGACGACGAGGACUUGGACAGACUGGAACAGAUGGAAGAUUCAGAAGGGACUGUGAGACAAAUCGGGGCGUUUUCUGAAGGCAUCAACAAUCUGACACACAUGCUUAAAGAAGACGAAAUGUUCAGAGACUUCUCCGCCAGAUCGCCGAGUGCCAGUAUUACAGAUGACGACUCAAACGUGUGA